GGAAGUCUCGGCGCUUCAAGGGGGAAAAUGGCGGCGGCGAAAAAGAGCGUUCUUUCUUCGUUGGCGGUUUACGCGGAAGAUUCCGAGCCCGAAUCCGAGAGCGAGGCCGGCGGGGCGGGCAGCGAGCGAGGCGCGGGGAACGAAGAAAAAGGAGGGCUUGUUUCAGAAGGCUAUGGAGAAGAUGACUUUAAUAAAAUGGAAGGUGAAGAAGAUGGUUAUGAUGACGACGACGAUGAAAACAGCAGGCAGUCGGAAGAUGACGAUUCAGAGACUGAAAAACCUGAGGCAGAUGACCUAAAGGACUUUUCAGAGCUGGAGAAGCGAGAUCCUCAGGAACUAGUUGCCUCCUUCUCUGAACGAGUAAGGAACAUGUCACCGGAUGAGAUUAAAAUCCCCCCAGACCCCCCAGGCAGAUGUUCCAAUCACCUUCAGGAAAAGAUACAAAAGUUGUAUGAGAGGAAGAUAAAAGAAGGCAUGGACAUGAACUAUAUCAUUCAACGGAAGAAAGAAUUCCGCAACCCCAGCAUUUAUGAGAAGCUGAUCCAGUUUUGUGCAAUUGAUGAACUUGGCACAAAUUACCCCAAGGACAUGUUUGAUCCUCAUGGGUGGUCUGAGGAUUCCUAUUAUGAGGCACUAGCAAAGGCACAGAAAAUUGAAAUGGACAAGCUGGAAAAGGCCAAAAAGGAGCGAACAAAGAUUGAGUUUGUAACUGGCACUAAGAAGGGCACAACAAAUGCUCCUUCUACAACCACCACAACAGCCAGCACUGCAGGUGGAGAUGCACAGAAGAGGAAAAGCAAGUGGGAUUCUGCCAUUCCUGUGACGACAAUAGCACAGCCUACCAUUCUCACUACUACAGCAACAUUGCCAGCUGUUGUGACUGUUACCACCAGUGCAAGUGGCUCUAAAACAACUGUGAUCUCUGCAGUUGGCACCAUAGUGAAAAAGGCAAAGCAGUGACAACAGUGAAGAAACUGACUUGGGGUUUUUCUGAAAGACUGAAUCAUGCCUAAAGCACCCCUUUUGGAAGCAAAGGAGGGAUACUCCCCUUCUUCUGGUGCAAAAAUAUGAAAGACUAUUUAAAAAUGGACACGAGAUGGAAGAGUUGGCUGUACAUAUUCAUAUUCCCAUAUUCAUAUGGAAAGAAGGUUUUGGUUUUCUUGUGUGGGUCUGUCCCUUAAUGUAUUGUGUGCAGUGCAGUGUACUCUGUAUUAUGUUACUUCAUCAUAGUCUGUCUUUGUGUUAGGAUCUUAAACUCUGUGAAAUUAGAACUUCAAGGAGACUGUAAUGAGGUCGCUUCGUUGCAUCCUGGGCCAUUCAGUGUUGAAUUACUCCUACUCGUUUUGCAUUCUCAUCUCUUGUUCCAAAGAAUAAUAGGCAACAGCAUAAUUAAUUUUUCCCUGUGUAAAAUUGUAAGAGGCAUAAGGAUAGAUUAAAAUAGACUCAAGCUUCAUGUAAGCUAUCACUCUGUAACUUCUUAAAUCUUUAUUUCAAAUACUGAACAUUUGAAAGCUUUAACAUUUGAGAUGAAAUAGUGAAAAUCAACACAGUUUUUUUGUCUAGUCUUUGGGAAUCAUUCUGUAAAAGAUGGACUUUGCUGAUGGUAGGGUGUUCGUAAAGUGAGCAGCAAAUGGAUACUUUUUUGUGUUCAUUUUAAAUGUCAGUGUUUGAUUGUGACACUGGUGCUCAACUACACAGUUGUAGUAAUUCUGCCACUUUCACCAGUGUGGCAACAAAAAUGCUGUAAAUUCUUAUUUAAGAUUUCUUACCUAUGUAAUUUAACCUCUUAAAUAUAAAAACAAUGUUUUCAAA